AUGCUUCAAUAUCAACUACACAGUGUAGCACUUGCUGCCUUUGCCCUUUUUCAGGUAACCUUGUCUGCUUCGUUGGAAAGCCGGGCUUGCGAUUGCUGGAAGACAAAGGAAGAUGGCACGCUCUUCACCAAUUACAAGACCAUUGACUUUCGUUCGCUGGCCAAGUACGCCGGGCCCGUGCCUGCAGUCAUCAACGACUGGAACGGCAAUGCUCAGGCCGGGCCAACCAGUGCCUAUUUCAAGUCAUCGACCUGGACCAACUUUUUCGGCUUGCAAAACUGGGGAGACACAACAACUCCCAUCAAGAAGAUCAAUUCUCUAAACAAUGCCUACAUUCAGAACAACACUGAUGGCACUACCUAUCUCACCUUUCGAACGUAUCGGACCAAGAAGUUCCAGUCCAUUGUUGAAGCGGACUCGGUGGCGGAUGACUAUACCGCCGUAUCAAUGCGCUUCCGCUCCCGAGUCCACGGCAACAGCGGUGCCUGUGCCGGCGGCUUCACCUACAAGUCGUACGAGGACGGCGUUCAGCACGAGUCGGACACCGAGUUCCUCACCAAUGGCCCCACCAACGUCAUCCACUACACCACCCACCCAGAGGAGGAGGAUCACGACUUUGACGGCACCUUUACGAUUGAGGCCCCAGACAGCAGCCGCUGGACCAACUUCCAGGAGCACCGAGUAGACUGGACGCAGCCCAAGACGACCUGGUACCUGAACGGCAAGCAGAACGGUCAGCUCCCCCACGAGGACGCUCAGGAACCUAGUUACCUCAUCUUCAACAUGUGGUCAGAGGGCAACCCAGAGUGGGAGGGCACCAUGGCAGUUGGCGGCUCGGCCUACUUUGAUUUGCAGUAUAUUCAGGUUGCCUAUAACACGUCGACACCACGCACCCGUGCUUGCACCAGCACUUGUACGCUGUCAUAG